GAAUCAAACUUUGGUGUUGGUGUGUGUUUAUAUAUAAAUAUAUAUAAACAAGAGAGAGCUCGCAGUUUAAGCUUUCAACUUUCAAAACAACAUAUAUAGUUUGGGGUUUGAAACUAAAGGGGUAGUCAUCAAAAUGGGUAGAGCUCCAUGCUGCGAGAAAAUGGGGUUGAAGAGAGGGCCAUGGACUCCAGAAGAAGAUCAAAUUCUCAUCAAUUAUAUCAACACUUAUGGCCAUGCUAAUUGGCGUGCACUGCCAAAACUAGCUGGGCUGCUAAGGUGUGGAAAGAGUUGUAGACUAAGGUGGAUAAAUUAUCUGAGACCAGACAUCAAACGGGGCAACUUUACCAGAGAAGAAGAGGAUGCUAUAAUCAGCUUGCAUGAAAUGUUGGGAAACAGAUGGUCAGCUAUUGCAGCCAGGUUGCCAGGUAGAACAGACAAUGAGAUAAAAAACGUGUGGCACACCCACUUGAAGAAGAGGCUGCCACAAAAUUACCAAGAGUGCCACGACCCUAAACGAAGCAAAAAACAACCCAAGUUGGACGUUGUUGACGCCUCAAAAUCCAACCAAGACGCCAAACUAGAACAAGAACAAGACCCCUUGAAUUCUCCCAUUCAUGCAUCAUCAACCAAAGAAGAGGACAUGCCACUGUCUCCUCCACAAUGUUCAAGCGACAUGUCUUCCCUCACCACUAGUGACAACAAUAGUAGCAUUAAUAAUCAUGACAUGUCCUUAAAUGUUAAUGAUAUUGAAACGCCGGAGAAUAAUCUUGCAUUAGAUGAGGAUUUCUGGUCCGAAGUGUUGUCUUCCGAUAAUUCAGGUGAGACAAACGGGUUUCCAACCAUUGAUGUUGACUUUGAUCCGUUUCGACCAAUGUCUCAUGUCACCGAAGAUGGGGUUCUUAUAGAUAGUUCGUCAAGUAUCUGCGAUGGCAUGGAGUUUUGGUGCAAUAUUUACACGAGAGCUGAGGAAUUCACUCAGUUGCUGGAAUUGUGAUGUUAACUAUAUUGUUCUUGUUUUUUUCAUUUGAGAUCACGUGAAUUUUUCAUGGAUGCAUGCUAUUGGGUUCAAAGAGCGGUAGCAUCCACGGCAAAGUUAUUCCUCGGUUAAAUUAAGUUGGAACAACUUCUUCCUCACAUGCAGGUUAAGAGAUCAAGUGUUAAUUUGCAUUCAAUAUGGAAAACAAAAAUUACUGUUCUUGUUCUAUUGUUAGGACUUGAAUUAAUUGAUGUCAGUUCUAUAGUUGCUUAGGUGAUUAGAAAUUAAUAUAUUGUGUACAUUGAUUAUUGUUACUGGACGUGAAUGCCUUUUACCAAAAGCCUCAUUGGUAGCAAAUAACAUUGUUGUUUAUUGCUUAAU